AAUGCCUCUAACGUCAACCUAGAACGACGACAAAGUUCAUCUGAUUCUUAACAUUGCUGUUCCAGAUGUCCCUAACAGAGGUUGAACGUCCAAUAUCUGCUAUUCCAGAGCAACAGGGUCCUGCAUCUCCUGAAAUCAUUGACGUCGACCUCUUUGAUGUGGAAGAGGUAGCUCGGAUCGGAUCGAGACCACCCACUCAGAGAAGAAGGGUAUCGGAGAGCGGUCGUUCUGUGCCAAUCGAUCCAGAGGUCAUAAUAAUAAAUGACAGCGAUGACGACGAUAUACAAUUCGUCAGGGCCAGGCCUGCUCCCAGAUCUCACAGAGCGCGCAUUUUUUCACCAUCGCCUCCACCCCAAAUUGCUACGAUACCACCGGUUCCGCAGAUACCGCGUAGGUUUAUACCUAUGCGAAGAAGACCGCCUCCAUUUCCCACCGCCCCCGGGUUGGUAAUUCCCAACGCCGAGCCCUUUCCAUUUGAAACGAACAUCAGGGUUCCCCCUGAGCCCAUCGAGCGUCCUCCGGCACCUGCACCUCCCGCCGCACCAUCUCAUCACGUUCCUGUGAUGGGAUUCGGCGGCGCACUGCUUCAACGCGCGAGAGCAGCUUUUGAGCAAACCCCCGCACGAUCACAAAAUAACGAGCGCCGCCGCCGAGUCUUCGGCAUUCCAGCGGAUGUGUUCAUGCAGUGGAACCCUUUAGACUUCUUUGGUCAUGAGGAAGACGAACUCUAUGAUGAUGAUGGCUUUCGUCACUAUCGAGCUGCAGAUUUUAAUGAUGAGCCUGGUGACCGGCUGAUGCGAGGUGAUCUCCGCCUUUUCAACGCUCAUACCCCAGGGCGGCCUUCAGAACCUGAUUAUAAACCGGAGUAUACUCAUCCGGUGAAGCCUGCAUCUGGUUUUACAUAUGACUUCGAGUCAUCGUCUAUGACACCUGCACCGGUUAUCGACAUCGAUAGCCCCGGUUCCUCCAGCUCAAGCAAUAGUCGUUCUGGCGAGACUAUACUUACUUGUCCUCGGUGUCAUGACCCAUUGAUGCUGGGAGCUGCGGACGUUGCCGAGGAUCGAGCAAAGAGAAGAUUGUGGGGUUUAAGAUGUGGUCAUCUUUUGGACGGAAAAUGUGUGGAGGAAUUGAUGAAGCCGAUGCCUCCUGUUACCCCGGACUCGGUGGACACUGCUGAUGUGAAAGGCAAAGGCAAAGCAAGGGAGGAAGAUGAACUCGAGUUACCUGGUGCCUACCUCACCCGCUCUGUGAAAGGCAAAGGCAAGGAGACGGAUCCCAAUAUCUUUAACAUCUUCUGUGAACCUGAAUUCUCUUCUAUUCGCUCACGACUGCGUCCCCGUCCCCCUCUUCCAUCUCACUCCUCUGGACUGUUGCCCGCUGGCCCUGGCCCAUCGCACGCGCGAGCUAGAGCUGCUCCUCGCCCAUCCGUGAAAGCGAAAGCCAAUGGGAAGGGUCGAGCCAAGGUUCCCAAUAUAGAAGCUGAAUAUGAAUGGACUUGUCCUGUUGGCGGAUGUGGGCACGUUCAUGUUAGCCAGCUCAUGGACGGGCAGUGGGUCAUGGACGAGAAGAGAGGGGCUAUCACUGUCUUUGUAUGAUACAAGGCUGUUCCUAAGCUGUGGGUUUAAACUAUGUCUUUUUCUGUCGAUGCUUACUCCAUCUCGAUAGCAUUAGCGAAUUAUAUACCAUGACACGCCCAUUUUCUCACUCAUAGGUCCGGCAUUUACAAUUUGGAUUCGCAUUCAUCAAAUCGCAUAUUUUUUCUCACCUG